AUGUCAUACGAAAAAUUACCAUUAGAACCAUUGUUCAAGAAGAUUGAUGAAUUGAAGCCACAAUUCAUCGAAAGAUUAAGAAAGGCAAUUGAAAUUCCAUCAGUUUCUAGUGAUGAAGGCUUAAGACCAAAGGUUGUCGAUAUGGCAAACUUUUUAAAGACCGAAUUAACCACUUUAGGAUUCCAUGAUAUUCAAAUGAAGGAUUUGGGUAUUCAACCUCCACCCGUGGCCGAUCCAAACUUAAAGUUACCUCCAAUUGUUUUAGGUAGAUUUGGUAAUGAUGCAUCCAAGAAGACGGUGUUGGUUUACGGCCAUUAUGAUGUUCAACCAGCAUCCAAAGAAGACGGGUGGGCCACCGAACCUUUUGAGAUGUACCACGAUGAAGCUAAAGACAUCUUGUUUGGUAGAGGUACCACUGAUGAUAAGGGUCCAGUUAUCGGAUGGUUGAACGUGAUUGAAGCACAUAACGAAUUGAAAUGGGAAUUGCCAGUUAAUUUAGUCGUUUGUUUCGAAGGUAUGGAAGAAAGUGGUUCUUUAGGUUUAGAAGAAUUAAUUGCAAAGGAAGCCAAGCAAUAUUUCUCCAAGGUUGAUACAGUCUGCAUCUCCGAUAACUACUGGUUAGGUACUACCAAACCAGUAUUAACUUAUGGGUUAAGAGGAUGUAACUACUAUCAAAUAAUUGUUAACGGGCCUGGUGCUGAUUUACAUAGUGGUAUUUUUGGUGGAAUUGUUGCCGAGCCAAUGACCGAUUUAAUCAAGGUUAUGUCUCAAUUGGUCGACUCAAACGGAAAGAUCUUGAUUCCAGGCAUAGAUGACAUGAUUGCUCCUUUAACCGACAAAGAAGACGCAUUAUACGAUGAUAUCGAUUUUUCAGUAGAAGAAUUGAACGCCGCUUCGGGUUCUAAGACUUCUUUACACGGCAACAAGAAGGACAUCUUGAAGCACAGAUGGAGAUAUCCAUCCUUAUCGUUACACGGUAUCGAGGGUGCCUUCUCGGGCGGCGGUGCUAAAACCGUGAUCCCAGCUAAGGUUGUUGGUAAGUUUUCCAUCAGAACUGUGCCUGAUAUCGAGUCCGCAAAGUUGGAUCAACUAGUUUUCGACCACGUCAACAAGUUAGCUGCUCAAUUAAACUCUCCAAACACUUUGAAGGUCGAAUUAAUCCACGAUGGUAACUACUGGGUUUCAAACCCUUUCAACGAAGCCUUCACCGCUGCUGCCAAGGCUACCGAAGACGUAUGGAACAUCAAGCCCGAUUUCACCAGAGAAGGUGGUUCUAUUCCAAUUACUAUCACCUUUGAAAAGGAAUUAGGAACUGACGUUUUAUUGUUACCUAUGGGCAGAGGUGAUGAUGGUGCUCAUUCAAUUAACGAAAAAUUGAACCUCGGUAACUACAUAAAUGGCUGUAAGACAUUGGGUGGCUACUUGCAUUACUUCGGUAAGUCUUAG